AUGGAGUCACUUCUUCCUACAAUCAAUCUGCCCUUACCUAUUCUCCUCCAUGCCCUCGGCCUCACCGCCCUGGGCGUGUACCUGACAUUUAACGGAGCACGUCCGACACUUGGCUUAGCAUCUACUGGCCUGGGACUCGCAUACCUGUCCACGUCAUAUAUGCCGAUUGAACUAAACCAAUUCCUCCAUGCCAGUGUACCGGUGCGCAUGAUAUUGGCGGGAUUAGCGGCUUUAAGGCUUCCGACUGCAAGAACCCAAGACCGUAUGGCCCUGAUCACGGUGACUCUGUAUGAUGCCCUGGGCGGAUUGAUCUUGGGAUAUACCCUGGGUAGGUGGGAUGGCAAGGUACCGGGGUAUUGA